AUGGGAGGAUUGGGAAAAACUACUCUCGCUCAACUAGUGUACAAUGAAGCUGUCUUGAAGAGCUAUUUUGAGAAGGUCAUAUGGGUAUCCGUUUCUGAUUAUUUUGAUCAGACCAGGAUUGCCAAGGACAUCAUCCGUGGGGCGCCCGAUCAUGUCCCAGAAUAUUUAUCAGAAUGGAACGAUGAUUUGCACAAGCGUUUGUGUGAAUCCGUAAAAAAGAAGAGAUUCUUACUUGUUCUUGAUGAUAUGUGGACCGACUCGCCGGAGGAUGUAAAAAAGUGGGAACUUUUCAGAGUCGCCUUCAAAUAUGCUGCACAAGGAAGUAAUUUAGUAACCACUCGAAAAAAAAGCGUUGCAGAAAAGAUUCAUUCAAAGUACAGCCACCCCUUGGGUGUAUUAUCGAAGGAAAAGUGCUGGGAACUUUUUAGUUACCUAGCUUUUCACCUUCAGGGAAAGAAUGCGAAUAAAAAAGAUAUCAGAGUUUGGAAAGAAACUGGUAUUGCAAUAGCAGAGAGGUGUAAAGGUGUACCCCUCUCUGCAAAAAUUUUGGGAAAUCUCUUGCGCCAAAAAUACAAGAUCCAAGACUGGAAAAAGGUGAUGGAUAACAAAUCCAUUUGGGAUCUAGAAAACGGUGAAGAUGGUAUUUUAAAGCCUGCUCUCUUGAUGAGCUACUCUGAUUUACCACCACCUGUAAGAGCUUGUUUUGUGUAUUGCGCCAUCUUUCCUAAAGGUCACCAAAUUCAUAAGGAUGCAUUAAUCGGCAUGUGGAUGGCGCAAGAUCUGAAAUCCAGUGUAGGCUGCCGCCGUAGAGGAGAGGAGAAACACAAGUUCUCUGAACAAACUAGAAAACCGUCUUCAAUUUCAGAUUUCCGGACUGUCAUCCAGAGGCAGUUCAAAGCUGAGCUAAGGCUCUCCCCAUUCAGCGCUUGCAAUGAGAGGAGGAAAAUUGAUUUCAGUUCAGUAUUUCAAGAUAAAUCUGCACCAGACACUGAAGGACUUGGCUUUGCGUCUCCUAGGUAUGCUACAUCUAAUACUACAACUGCUUUCAGUGUUGAGGUUUUUUACUCUUUUUCUGAAAAGAAAAGGUAG